AUCAAUGAGCAAAUAAAAAAAAACCAAAACGAUAACAACAGCUAGCAACGGCGGCCAACUGGAGUAGGUUAUAUAAGACGAGCGUGUGCGCCCUCACGCCAGUCGCGGCGAUUGGGUUUUCAUCACUUCAACGUCUUAACCGAGCGACCACCGACAGAAUCAUGUGCAACACUAAAAACCGACCGUCCUAAGUGCAACGACCGUUUCGAUAAUUACGAGCAAUGACAAGUGAGCGGCUCGUUCAUCACUCCGGUUAUCGUUUUCGUUGUAAGCUAACAUGGAUCCACAGUUGACCGAGCAAUUGACGCGAAGACGAUUGAUUUUGGAAAACUUGUCAGGCGUCUCGACUUUAGCGGAUAAGUCUUUCGACAGGACCGACACACAUCCGGCGUCUCCGCGGAACAUCUCUUCACAGAAAAGACUAGACGUAGUUAAGGAUGAAGAGGACUUCCUGAAGAAGAUUAAAAUAUUCGAAUCGUUCAGCACAAGCACGUGCACGGCCACUGGAACCGGUUGCACCAAUAGCACCGCGGCCAAGGGCACCGCCAACUACAACAACAACAACAACAACAGCUAUUAUACCGGCACCGGCCACAGAUCCAACUGCAUCGAAGUGUUGCAGAAGCUUAACAAGGCCAUCGAAGAGUCUUCUGCAUCGCCACCGCAGCAGCAGCAGCCGCCGUCGUCGUCGCUAUCGUUGUCCAAACAACAGACAGCCAAGCCUAACGACCAAACAGCAGCGGUCGCGUCCAGCGAAAACUAUUUUCCGGGCAACAAGCAGAACUUUCAUCGGAAAAUCAAAAAGUUCGACUUCACGAGCCGAGGCACCGGCAAAUGUAACGAGCAGCAGCAACCGGACCCGCAGACAGUCGUUGUCGACCAGCCGCCGGUAAGAAACCACUCGGGAUCGCCCAAAUACAGAAAAUCGGAUUAUAACAACUGGGAAUUGGACUCGAAGUGGACGUAUAUCGGCACCGAACACGGCGAAAUCGUUUCGCCCAAAACCCUCAAGCCGUUCGCCAGCGCCAAGAAAUCCAAGGGCUGCGGACUGGUGCACAACACCAUAAAACUGUUCUCCAGGCGCUAAAGUUCCGUUGUAAUAUUUCCAUAACGAUAUUAAAGGACUCUUUUUUUAAAACAACAACUGACACACACAGUCUUUGGCUAUGGAAAAAUGCGCCGUCGUCGAAGGAGCCGUCAGCAAUUUCGGCGAUCGUCGACGACCGGACUUGACCGGUUCGUCCUGUUCCGAGGUGAAAAAGUCCAGGCUGGCCACGCCCGAGGACUGGGAACGGUACCAGCAGCAGAUCAUCCAGUCGUGUUUCGACUGUUGGGAAGCGGACAACGAACUCGACGAACCGAACACUGACGAGCAGGCGGCUGAUGGCAAAGCGGAGAACACGGACGAUGGUGCCGAACAGGAAUGUACCGGACCAGCAAACGAGUCGCCCACGCAGAGGUUUCGCAGCGCCGAAGUCUCGUACGGUUGGGUGGACGACGAAUUCGUCAAGUCGCCGGCGGCGGGCAUGGACAAGCGUAAGAAGUUUCCCAGGAGGAAGUCCAAACGUUUUUCGUUUUACAAGUACACUAGCAGGCUGAUCCGGGAAAGACGACAGUACCCGUCGCAGCCACAGCCGUCACAGUCAUCGCCACCGCUGACCCCAUCGCAACCGGCCGACAACUACACUCAGAACGGUACGCUACAGUCGCGUUGCUCGGCUGAGGACUGGUGGCAGUGCAAAAAAUGGUUGGACACGGUGGAGAAAAUUCCAGACCCGCCGCCGCCUCCGUUAGGCCUUCGAUCCGAGUACCCGUUCGUGUGUCCGUCACCGGCGGUCACGGUGGCCGGACACGAGCGGCAGGCCAAACGCCGCGUUAGAAAGUUCAUUGACCAGAUAAAAGAUCGGUCGGACCGGUCAUCGUUUGGCGACAGGCCGAGGACGACGGCGGGCGGCUGCGGCACGUCCGACAAGCUGAAAAGGUUCUUCAAGAACGCUUUCCGCAAAAACCGCACCGACCUGGACCCGCAGCUGCUGGCCCAGUCCAUAGAGUACGCCGGCCAAGAACUGGACAAAUGGCGCACGCUGUUGCAUUGUCUGGAAGACAUCAAGCGCAGUAGAGAGAACACCAAAUCUCUGGCGGCCGCUGAAGACACGAUCAAGGACAAGUUCUCCGAGAUCAACUACACUGAGAAUCAACGGGCCCGGGACGAUGAGUCGGCGGACGACGACAAAAGCGACGGUAGCGGCGAAGCCGUCGCGGCCGGGACCACGGCACCGAAGUCUAUAACGCCCGACGAGACGCUGGACAGAGCGAACAGGCUGGACGACGCCGAGUGCUUCGCGAGACUCGAACGGGCCAACUGGUCGACGGACAACGAGCUGCAGCGUUCGGCCCGGCGCAGCCUGUCUGACACAGACUUGCCGGCGAUGGCGUUGGACUACGAGCGGGCGUUUGGCAGCAAGAUCGUUAGGAUCAGCCGAAAGACGUUGAUGCCGAACAGCGGCAACGACGGCUCGGAAUACCCGACUGACGACGCGGACGCUUAUGGCCGGUGGGGUGGCGUGGCCAGGGACCUGUGGAAAGAGCACCGCGAGUGUUUUCGUACAGCCGUGGCCAGGCUGGAAUUCGUGGGCAGCACUUUCAAGGAACAGUACAGACUGACCGGCCUGAAGACAUUGUGCAAAGUGGACGCGCUCGCCGGUUUCGGGCGGUCAGCCGAGGCAGUCGACCUGUUCGUUUCAGUACUAUCUCUAAGCAAAAACCCUGACCUUAUGGUCCGCAAAGCUGAGGCAGUGUACGAUUGGAAGUUUUUCUGUCAUCUUUGCAUGUGGCGUCACUCCUAUAAAGAUUGAUUAAGUAACUUCCAAUCCUCGACUGUUACAACCUACAAGUGUAUGUUAAAAAACUACUUGAACAGCAAAUAAUUAGUUUUCAGCUGUUACCUAACGUGGGCGCAGUCAGACAUAUUUUCUAGGUAAAUGCAUCAACUUUUCAACGUUUAUAGUUGCAUAAGAGCGAACGUGACUUUUUAAUUAUUAUUAUAAUUGUGUAUGUGUGUUUUUAUUAAUUAGAGUAGCUGUUUCCCUCUCAUAGAAUAUUAUCCAUUAUAUGUAUAUCCCUAAAAAUUAGUUAAAAUCAAAUUAAUUAAAAAUGUAAUCCCAGGGUUUAAAAUUGUAAAUUAAUUAAGUGAAUUAAAGUCUGAACUUUACAACAACGUUAAUUAUUAUAGCAUACAAUAUUAUGUAAUCGAGUUGUAAUAUUUGUUUUUCAUGUAUUGGUGAUUUAACUAACAGCCGUGAAGGUACAAUUAAACGAAUUAUCCGAGUUCUUAUCAAUUAGGUAUUGGGUACCAAUAGUGCUUAAUA